AGUAUGCUUCAUGCGUGCGAGAACGUUUGUACGUAAUACUUCAGUUCAUCACAAACAGAGAAGAAGGCAUUGUGUUAAGAUCUCCUUGUCAAAAUGAGCAACACGUGCAAAAAUAUAUCCUAUUAUCGACCUUGGGGUUCGAUGGAGAACGGUCAGAUAGAAUUCGAGUCCUUGUCGGACGAUACCUUGGAGGGUGCUCUCAAUGUGAUAAGAAAGAGCUUCUUCCUCUACGAGAAAAUAUGCAUAGCUGUGGAACUGAAUUCCGAACCGGGAGCAUCCAAGGAACUCGAGGAGCUCUGUUUGUACGCGGCUAAGGACGGCGUGAGUGUGGUGGCUGUCGACGUCACCACUAGCGAAGUUGUUGGAGUCGCGUUCAAUAAAAUCCAAAUGCCCUCCAAUAGUUCAGAGAAAAGUUUCUUCGAAUGCUUCAGUGAAAAUUGCCGAUACAAAUCAUCAAAGGCUUUAGUGGACUUCAUGAUAGACGUGGAUUCGCGAACAAAUCUUUUCAAGCACUAUUAUGUCAAUUGUAUUCUCGAGAUCAUGUUUCUGGCAACUCUGCCCAAUUACGGGAAACGACGAAUAGGUGAAAUGCUGGUCGCUUCUUCGUUGGAACUCGGUAAAGAACUGAGAAGUAGCAAAAACGUGAGGAUACCUAUCACGAUACAUGGCAGCAACAAAGUAACGAAUGCCAACGCAGUGCCGACCUUGGUCUCUGCUAUCAUGACGUCCAAUUAUUCCUAUCUAAUUGCAAUGAAAUUGCACUUUGAUCAGCUUUUGAAAGUUUCGUAUGAUGAGUAUGAGUACAACGGAAAGAAAUAUAGCGAAAGAAUAAAUAGCCAGGAACAUCGACAGUGUGUCUUGGUAGCUAAGAGGCUCUGAGAGAGGCCCGAUGUAGACAAUAAUCGCGAAAGUAGUUUAGGAAAUCCACUCACAUUACAAAGUUUAAUUAGAUUUAGAAGUAAUGUAUAAACAAUAAAUGACUCUCAAUAAAUAAAUUAAAUUUUGUCCCAAAAAUCAAGAUAAGCAUAUCAAGAUGCAUAUUAAGAUUAUUUAUUGAUUCAUCCAAAUUAGAAAUAAUAAUAAAUAUUAUAAUGUAAUAGACAAAUUUAUAUGAAUAGCAAUUCAAUUUUACUCGAUAGCAUUACUAUAACGUGCGAGAAACAGCCUGCUGAUCGAACGGCAUUUUAUAACUAAGAAAUUUAAUUUUUCAAGAAAAGUGAUUAAUAAUCGCAAUUUUUAAAGAAAUAGUCCGACAAGUUUUAAUAGGAAAAGAUAUUACAAAAGUUUUCUAAAAGUAUUUUUCUUUUGAAACGAAUUACAGAUAAGAACUUACUGAAGAAGAAAAAUAGAUGAUAUAUAGUUGGAGUUAAAGAUAUCAAUCGUAGUUGUACGAAAUUGCUUAUCAAUUCGCGAGAUUAAUUUAUUU